AUGGGAGGAGUACAAUCUUCUUGUAGAAGAAUUGUAAAUAUUGUUAGGGCCAACGACCCAAUUUUGAACGUGCGCAUUGCUGGUUUACCAGGAUCAGGGAAGACAUCAAUUAUUAAUUACGUUAGAGACGGGAACACUAUUCUUUCGACCGAACCAGUAGAAAAUUCUGAUACUAAUUACAUAAUAUAUGAUAAGUGUAAGUUGAUGAUAUGGACUGGAGAACUGGACAUAGCAAAAAUCAGCACUCCUGAUCAAGACGACGAAACAAAUGAAGAACGUUCAAAUGCUAUAAUAUUUGUUAUUGAUGGCACCGAUGACGAAAAUUUCUUAAAAGUUAAGGAUGAACUAAGAAGAGAAUUGGAGCGUUCCAUAUUUAGCCCAGAACUAUUGAUAAUGAUUAAUAAGUGUGAUGAUCAAACAUGUGCAAGCCUCGACGAGUUAUAUGCCUUGCUUGAAAUAAACAAAAUAAUAGAUCGUCACGUACAUGUACAACACACCUCAGCACUAACAGGAGAAGGAAUAAAAGAAGCUAUGGAUUGGUUAUGCAAAAGGUUUGAAAUAAGAGAUGGGCAAUACAUAAACAGAAAAGGUGUGUUUGUUUAA